GCCUGGGCUGGCGUUGCUGCCCCUCCAGUCCUGCCCCCGGCCGAAGCCCCGGGCCGGGCCGGGCCUUGCCAGGGCAGGCUUGUUGUGAGGACGAGAGGAGCUGGCAGAGCAAUAGAACCCCUGCUUGGCUUACAUCUGUCCUGAAUCUUCAGUUGUGACUGACCAUGGGCCGUAAAGCUGAGUCCAAGCCACCAAUGGAGGAGAUUCCUGUCCGGGUAGCUGUUCGCAUUCGACCCCUGCUGCCUAAGGAACGGUUGCAUGGGCACCAAACGUGCCUGCGAGGAGAUCCAGAGACUAAAGAAGUGACCCUGGGGCACAGUCGCCAUUUUCACUUUGAUACUGUCUUCACCGAAUCUGCCAGCCAAGAGUCCGUGUAUGCUGUUUGCGUGCAGCCACUGGUGGAGGCCUUCUUUCAAGGCUUCAACGCUACUGUCUUUGCCUAUGGCCAGACAGGGUCUGGCAAGACCUACACCAUUGGAGAAGCAACUGUCUCUUCCAUCAAUGAAGAUGAGCAGGGCAUAAUCCCCCGAGCCAUGGCUGAAGUGUUCAGACUCAUGGACGAGAAUGACUUAUUAGACUACAUGGUCCGUAUUUCUUACUUGGAAGUGUAUAAGGAGGAAUUCCGGGACCUCCUGCAAGUGGAGACAGCGAGCAAGGCCAUCCAGAUCCGAGAAGAUGACAAGGGCAAUAUUGUAUUGUAUGGGGUGAAGGAGACUGAAGUGGAAGGCCUGGAUGAGGUCUUGAGUCUGCUGGAAAUGGGCAAUGCAGCCAAGCACACUGGUGCCACCCACAUCAACAGGACAUCCAGCCGCUCACACACCAUCUUCACUGUGACAAUGGAGCAGCGCCAGAGUGCUGGGCGUCUCACUCGUCUUGCCCUUCAAGACAAGAUAUUGGUUCCAGUCUCUGGCCAAGUCCUAACCUCCAAGUUUCACUUUGUUGACCUGGCUGGCUCUGAACGGGUGGUGAAGACAGGGAGCACGGGGGAGAGGCUCAAAGAGAGCAUCCAGAUCAACAGCAGCUUGCUGGCACUGGGAAAUGUCAUCAGUGCCUUGGGGGACCCCUGCCGGAAAGGCAGUCACAUUCCUUACCGGGAUUCCAAAAUCACCAGGAUCCUGAAAGACUCCCUGGGUGGGAAUGCUCAGACUGUGAUGAUUGCCUGCGUCAGCCCCUCCUCCUCUGACUUUGACGAGAGCUUGACCACACUGAACUAUGCCAGCCGUGCUCAGAACAUCAAGAACAGGGCGGUGGUGAACUGCUGCAAGGAGACAGAGCAUGUGGUGGAGCUGCAACUGCAGAUAAAGAACCUACAGAGGGCACUGGAUCAACGGCACCGCUCAGAGACUCGCAUCAUCAACCGUUCUGACUUGGCCCCCAAGCAGCCAUCACAGGACCACACCGCCCGCUUGCUCAUGGAGUGUACCCAUUAUAGGACAUGCACUGAUGCUGCCUACCGGCUCUUGACAGAAUUGCAAGAAGAAGGCAACCUCACUGUGGAUCAGAUCCUGCGAGUGAAGGAGUGGCUGUGCAUUGUGGAGAGUGAGAGGAGCGAACUGAGCUCAGUCUCUGGCUUAGACAGCGGUAUCGAAAGCACUUCAACUGAAAAUCAGAACCACAAGGUGCAAAAUUCUGAAUUAUCUAGCAUUCAGGAUAGCCACACAAAGGGAUGUGAGACAGUAAGAGAGGACUCUCUGCUGAGGCUGGAGAGACAAGUGGAGCGGUUAGAAGAGGAGAAUCGGGAUUUCCUUGCUGCCCUUGAGGAUGCCAUGGAGCAGUACAAACUGCAGAGUGACAAGUUGCAGGAACAGCAAGACCUCAUCUCCGAACUACACAAAUGCCUAUGGGUGGCAAGGCCAAACUCAGGCGCACCUGAGUUGCUGCAAAACGUCUACCUGGUUCAGCUUGGCCAGAGACCUCACACAGCCCCUGUGGAUGCUGCCCAGUCCCCCCACUGGCCCAAGCUUGGCUUUACCAACCACAAUAAGCUCUGCAGUCCCCCAGCUUACAGGGGAAAGGACCUGUUGGGGUGCCAUCAAAGUUGCCCUCAGGGUUUGGAUGCUAGUGAUGGUAUCCUGAUACAGGACAAGGCUUCAGAGGGUCUGGGGGAGCCCUCUGAGGCAGAAGAAGAGGAGAAGGAGGAGGGAAGACAGUGUGAGCAGACAUGGUCCCUUUACCAGCGCAGAAAUGGGAUCCACAGCUGGAUUAAAAAGAUUUCAAGCAAAGAAUGGAGCAAAAGCAACCCAGUGUUGAUUCAGGAGGGACUUCCAGAGUUAUCCAAAGCAGAGUGCAGGAGACCAGAGCUAGUCAAUGCUGGGGAAGGCUUUUUGGGGAAAGAGUCCGAGUGGCAGCUGGUUCAAGCUCAGCAGAAGAUCCGUGAGCUGGCCAUCAACAUCCGCAUGAAAGAAGAUUUGAUUGUGGAACUUAUCAAGACAGGCAAGCAUGCACAGACCAUGAACAAGCAGUACUGUCAAAAGAUCUGUGAGUUGGAGCAGGAGGCAGAGCAGGUGCGAGUGGAGCUGGGAGAUAGCCAGAGACAGCUGCAGGAGCUGGAAGGCAAAGAGCCCUGGGACCCUGGAGAGAAGUGGAAGUUGCAGGAGUGUCGCAGCAAAGUAGCAGCGGCUCAAAAUAAGGCAAAGGUUCUGCAGGAGAAGAAGCAGGCGACAGAGAGGCUGGCAUCUCUCUCCACUCAAAGCAAGAAGCGGGUGCAGGAGCUGGAGAGGAAUGUGCAACAGAUGCGGCAGCAGCAGAGGCAGCUCCAGAGGAGGCUGCGAGAAGAGGUGGAGCAGAAGCGGCGACUGGAGACAGAGAUGCACAGAGGGCAGCAUCGGGUCAAGGCGCUGGAGCUGAAACAUGAACAGCAUCAGAAGAUCCUGCGCCUCAAGACGGAAGAAAUUGCUGCCUUCCAGAGGAAGCACCGGAGUGGAAGCAACGGCUCCGUGAUGAGCCUAGAGCAGCAGCAGAAAAUCGAGGAGCAGAAAAAGUGGUUGGAUUCAGAGAUUGAGAAAGUCCUUGAGCAGCGCCAGGCCUUGGAUGAGCUGGAAGAUGAGCUGUCAAAACGUGAAACCAUUGUGGUAAAAAAGGAAGCUCUUCUUCAGGAGAAGAACAGCCUGGAAAAUAAGAGGCUUCGUUCGAGCCAGGCCCUGAAUGAUGACAUCAUGCGGGUAUCUAGCCGCCUGGAGUAUCUUGAAAAGGAACUGACGCAGAAGAGUGGACAGCUUUGCCAGAGUAGUGACAAAGACCAGCAGCAGAUUCGGCAAGAAAUUAACAACUUGCGUCAAGAGAAGGACCAGUUGCUUAAACAAAGGCUCGAGAUAGACAACAAGCUCCGGCAGGGCACCUUGUUGUCCCCUGAGGAGGAACGGAUUCUCUUUCAGCUAGAUGAGGCCAUCGAGGCUCUGGAUGCUGCCAUUGAGUACAAAAACGAGUCAAUCACUUGUCGGCAGCGUGUCCUUCGAUCGUCUGCCAGCCUCUUGUCCCAAUGUGAGAUGAACCUCAUGGCUAAACUCAGCUACCUCUCUUCCUCUGAGACCCGUUCCCUACUUUGCAAGUACUUUGAUAAGGUGGUGACUCUACGAGAGGAUCAGCACAAGCAACACAUUGCCUUUUCGGAGCUAGAGAUGCAACUGGAGGAGCAGCAACAGCUGGUGCUCUGGCUGGAAGUGGCCUUGGAGCGCCAGCGCUUGGAGAUGGACCGCCAGCUGACCCUGCAGCAGAAGAAGCACGAACAGAACAUUCAGCUUCUGUUGCAGCAUAUCCAGGAGCAUGUGGAAGAAAGGCAGGCAACCAGUAGGCUUCAGUUCCAAGGUAUGAUCCAAGCACUGGAGAAGGAAUUGGCCCACAGCAUGUGGGUAAACCAAGAACUGAACCAGAAGCUAAGCACAAGCCAUCUGGGAGGCCAAGGCAGAGGAAUGGAAUGGAACGUAGCCAGAGAUAGACCUGCUUCACUUAGGAUGCAAGAAAACGUCAGCACUUACAGCAUGCUGGAACAAACAGUGGAGAAGCCUAGGGACUUGGUGCAUGCACCUUUACCAUCCACCUGGAGAAGCUCUUCACAGUCCACUGCCAACAUGUUAAUACCAGAAGACCUUCAUCAGAAGGAUGUUGAGUUCCUGCUCCAAGCUGGUCAAGCGAGGAAGAUAUCCCCAUCCCUAGGCUUGGCUCCUGUUCUGAAAUCCCACAAAGAAUUGUAUAGAGCAGCCCUGAAUGCUUUUCCUGGACUGUCUUGCCCAGCAAUCAUCAGGAAAAAUCCACUCUAG